AAAUAUAUAAUUAUAAAGAAAGAUAACCCUACCUCUUUCUUAUUCAUAAAUUAAAUAAUAACUAAAAUGGUUGAAAAAGCCUCUUUGGCCCGGCUUAAAAGCCUUGAGUGGGGGCGUCUCUUCAAUAUGUUUUACAUAGAACCGGUGGUUUUCAUGCUGGUAUUCUCGCACAUGCUGUCAGGUACCGUCAUGCGUAAUCAGCUGAUUUAUCAGACCUGCACGGUGAUAUUUCAGUACAAUGAAAGUGACUGCAAACUUUUGGAUAGCAAAAACACAACGGCAGAAACUCAGGCCAUUGAGACGGAACUGCAGUCAUACGUGGCAAAUAUGUUUCUAACACGGACACUUUUUGAGAGCAUUGUGCCGGCCAUUUGUGGAUUGUUUAUAGGAUCUUGGUCGGAUCAUUAUGGCCGCAAACCUUUGCUCAUAGUCUCCAUGAUUGGCUUCUCUGCUUCUUCUCUGCUGUCGUCUGCCAUUUGCUGGCUGUCCAAUUACUAUAUGGUUAAUCCCUGGUGGUACACCUUGGCCGCUCUGCCUCACUCCCUUCUCGGCGGCAUGUGUGUAUUUUCGGUGGCUGCCUUCUGCUUUAUGACGGACACAACGGACAGGAAUACCAGGCCUUACAGAAUGAUUUUCAUGGAGUUUAUUCUCUUUGUGGCCCUCACCAGUGGCUCUUUGCUGUCCAGCUUUGUGUACGCCGCCACCAGUGCCGCCUUUGUCCAGAGUCUCUCCUGUUUAAUAGUUAUCCUAGCUACCUGGUUUAUUAUUUUCUACCUGCCGGAAAGUUUGGGAAUGUGCCCGGAUCAGGAUGAAAUUCCAGAAAAGGAGAAGGAAAUUGUUGUGACAAUUUCCGAUCAAAAGCCCGAGGCACUUGAAAAGCGUGAUGAGCCGCCGCCCAAAUACGAGACACUCGAAAAACCGGGCAUUGAAGAGAAAACUAAAGAGCCAGGAUUGCUUAGCAUCAAACACAUUAAGGAUAUGUUUAGCACUUGCUUUAAGAGAAGAGAGAACAACGCUCACUCCAUCAUUUGGCUGGUUACCUUGGCUGGUUUUGUUUCCAUCUUUGUUGGCGAUGGCGUCAUGACUGUGAUGUAUUUGUUCGUGCGUCAGCAGUUUCACAUGACAGUGCGCGAGUUUACCAUUUUCGAGACAGUGAGUCAAUCGGUGCCGAUGCUGGGAGCUCUACUGGGGAUUCUUAUACUAAGAAAGCUUUUUGGCCUGUCUGUGGUUACCUUGGCCUUACUUUCUCUAGUUUCGGAGAUCCUUAGCAAUGUGGCUAGGGGAUAUGCUCAUUUGACGUGGCACCUGUACUUAUCCGUGGCCUUGGGUGUCUUUCGCUCUAUUCAAGGACCCAUGUGCCGCACAAUUAUAUCGAAUAUAGUGCCAGCUUCGGAUACGGGCAAACUCUUUGCAAUUGGCAACAUUGUGCAAUCUUUUGCUCCUUUUGUGGCUGCUCCUCUUUAUACGGCAAUUUACAAGAACUCAUUGACCACAAAUCCUGGAGCAUUCAAUUUCCUCAGCGCUGCCUUCUAUUUGAUAGCCUUCCUUCUAAUUGGCUGUGUGAUGCGAAUUAAAUUCAAGCAUCGAAACUUCUACGCCAAGUCGCUCAAGUAGCCAAAAGUAAACGGAAUUUCCAUUUACCAUCAAUAUUGAUUGUGGCAAGUUGGCCAACUUUACAAAGCUUUGUUUAUGUGCUCGAGUCGAGAGAGAACUUUGUGUGGCCUGGCCUGGACUGGCCUGGUAUUAAA